CCUCAAAUCCCAAAGCUAAGGUCAUUGGCAGCACAAUAGUCGUAUGGAAGCGUCCAUCCGUACAGCUAGGACGCGGCUUCGAUAUAAAACAGCGCGUAGGGCGUCAACAGUCAGUGUUGAAUCAACAUCAUCCAGGCACCAUGGCUUGCAAAAUCGCUUUCUUCACCGCCGCCCUCUUCCUCAUCCUCGCGCUGUCCCAAGCAGCGCCAGCAGAAGAAAAACCAGCAGAAGCCCUAAAUGUCGAAGCUGAGAAGGAUGACCUAGAAACCGCUGACAAAGAUGACCUUAAAACUGCAGCCUCACAUUGGGGCGGCCACUGGGGAGGCUACGGCGGUCAUUACGGCGGUCAUUGGGGCUACCCAUCCUAUUACGGCUACGGUUGGGGCUACCCCAGCUACGGCUAUGGCUACUGGCCCUACGGUGGUAUCUAUGGCCACGGAUACGGCGGCUACGGCCAUUACGGAUGGUGGUAGGACAAUAAUAGAUAACGAUUCUAAUGCCAGUAUUAACUCUUAAGGAAAACGUUCGAAAUGCGAGUAACUAAGUUGAGAUUGAUAGAUUUAUUUCAGAUAAUAAAAUGUUUACAUAAUAAUAUCUACUUUUAAAAGAUAUUUGUAAUAUACCACACUCGAUGUACACUGACACUGUAGUAUAUUUUUAUGUUUCUUUUGAUUAAAUCAAGGUUUAUAAUAACAUCGAAGUAACAUUGUAAGUGUCGUGUGUGGGCAAUCUCAUAACUUGCCGGUAAAUGUGUAUAAAUAUUAUGUUAAGGUCCAACUAGCUUAUAUUGACAAUAUUUUGUGAAUUUUAUUUUCGUAUUUUCUCAUUCACAGUAACACAAAAAGCAAUACUAUAUUUUUAUAUGAAAACUUGGAAUUGUAUAACGUCAAGUAAGUAAAUACUUAUUUUUGUUUAAAACCAAAGAACUAUACUGCAAUAUGUACUUAUAUGUGUAAUUUACUGAACAUGUAUAUUGGAACAUAUAUAAAAUAUACAGUUAUAUAUUGUUAUAUCUAUGUCAACAGUUAAUCUAUUUGGAUAUUCCGAUGGUGUAAGUAAGGACAGUUGGUAUAGUAACAACAAUGUUUUUUUUUACCGUUUGCACUUCAUGAUCACAUUGUUUGCAAAUUAUGGUAAUAUAUAUGUUACAUUUAAACAACAGCAUUGUAUAUAUUUUUAUAUAUGUAUAAAUGAAAAUAAAAUUCGUGAAUGUGUCGUAGAAUUAGAUUUAUAUAAAAGUGUUAUCUCACUGCCUUAAACUGUAAUGUAUAAUGUAUAAAUAGCAUAAAAUAUACAGUAUAUUUAUUAAAUGAUGAUUAUUGAUGAUA